AACCUGGCCAGCAGCCCGAGUGAGUAGGAGCCAUGUGACUCUGGUGAGUUGGAGUGUGCAAUUGCCUCCUGCUUCAGAGCUACCUGAUCCGAAUACUAAGCAGAGCGAGUGCCGGGCUGAGUGUAGGACAUUGAAGACACUGCAGAGAAAGGUGCUUAUUCCAGAGGCAUUACAAAACAUGGAGAUUAAAGACCAGGGAGCUCAAAUGGAGCCGCUGCUGCCUACGAGAAAUGAUGAAGAGGCAGUUGUGGAUAGAGGUGGAACUCGUUCCAUUCUCAAAACACACUUUGAGAAGGAAGAUUUAGAAGGUCAUCGGACACUAUUUAUCGGAGUUCAUGUGCCCCUGGGAGGAAGAAAAAGCCAUCGACGUCACAGGCAUCGUGGUCAUAAACACAGAAAGAGAGACAGAGAAAGAGAUUCGGGAUUAGAGGAUGGGAGGGAGUCACCUUCUUUUGACACCCCGUCACAGCGAGUACAGUUUAUUCUUGGAACUGAGGAUGAUGAUGAGGAACACAUUCCUCAUGACCUUUUCACAGAACUGGAUGAGAUUUGCUGGCGUGAAGGUGAGGAUGCUGAAUGGCGAGAAACAGCCAGGUGGUUGAAGUUUGAAGAAGAUGUGGAAGAUGGAGGAGAAAGGUGGAGCAAACCCUAUGUGGCUACUCUUUCAUUGCACAGCUUGUUUGAGCUGAGAAGUUGUAUUCUGAAUGGAACUGUGUUGCUGGACAUGCAUGCCAACACUUUAGAAGAAAUUGCAGAUAUGGUCCUUGACCAACAAGUGAGCUCAGGUCAGCUCAAUGAAGACGUACGCCACAGGGUUCAUGAGGCACUGAUGAAACAGCAUCACCACCAGAAUCAGAAAAAACUCACCAAUAGAAUUCCCAUUGUUCGCUCCUUUGCUGAUAUUGGCAAGAAACAAUCAGAACCAAAUUCCAUGGAUAAAAAUGCAGGUCAGGUUGUUUCUCCUCAGUCUACUCCAGCCUGUGUUGAAAAUAAAAAUGAUGUGAGCAGAGAAAACAGCACUGUUGACUUUAGCAAGGGACUGGGAGGCCAACAAAAGGGGCAUACUAGUCCCUGUGGGAUGAAACAAAGGCAUGAAAAAGGACCUCCACACCAGCAAGAGAGAGAGGUUGAUCUGCAUUUUAUGAAAAAGAUUCCUCCAGGUGCUGAGGCUUCAAACAUCUUAGUCGGGGAGUUGGAGUUUUUGGAUCGAACUGUAGUUGCCUUUGUCAGGUUGUCUCCUGCUGUGUUGCUUCAAGGACUGGCUGAAGUCCCGAUUCCAACCAGAUUUUUGUUCAUUCUUCUGGGACCCCUGGGAAAGGGUCAACAGUACCAUGAGAUUGGCAGAUCAAUUGCAACCCUAAUGACAGAUGAGGUAUUUCAUGAUGUUGCUUACAAAGCUAAAGACCGCAAUGACUUGGUAUCAGGAAUCGAUGAGUUUUUGGAUCAGGUUACUGUUCUCCCUCCUGGAGAGUGGGAUCCAAGCAUUCGUAUAGAGCCUCCCAAAAAUGUUCCAUCCCAGGAGAAGAGGAAGAUUCCUGCUGUACCAAAUGGAACAGCAGCUCAUGGGGAAGCAGAGCCCCACGGAGGACAUAGUGGACCCGAACUUCAGCGAACUGGAAGGAUUUUUGGGGGACUUAUUUUAGAUAUCAAAAGAAAAGCUCCAUACUUCUGGAGUGACUUCAGAGAUGCUUUCAGCCUGCAGUGCUUAGCAUCUUUUCUGUUUCUCUACUGCGCGUGUAUGUCUCCUGUCAUCACGUUUGGAGGACUGCUGGGAGAAGCAACUGAAGGUCGUAUAAGUGCAAUCGAAUCUCUCUUUGGAGCAUCUAUGACUGGGAUAGCCUAUUCUCUCUUUGGUGGACAGCCUCUUACCAUAUUAGGCAGUACAGGACCAGUUUUGGUGUUUGAAAAGAUUUUGUUUAAAUUUUGCAAAGAAUAUGGGCUGUCAUACCUGUCUUUAAGAGCUAGCAUUGGACUCUGGACUGCAACUCUGUGUAUCAUACUCGUGGCCACCGAUGCAAGCUCCCUUGUCUGCUAUAUCACCCGGUUUACUGAAGAAGCUUUUGCUUCUCUUAUUUGCAUCAUUUUCAUUUAUGAGGCUCUGGAGAAGUUGUUUGAACUCAGUGAAGCAUAUCCAAUCAACAUGCAUAAUGAUUUGGAAUUGCUGACACAAUACUCGUGUAACUGUGUAGAACCACAUAAUCCUAGCAAUGAUACAUUGAAGGAAUGGAGGGAGUCCAAUAUUUCUGCCUCUGACAUAAUUUGGGAGAACCUAACUGUUUCGGAAUGCAAAUCAUUGCAUGGAGAAUAUGUUGGACGAGCUUGUGGCCACGAUCACCCAUAUGUACCAGAUGUUCUGUUUUGGUCAGUGAUCCUGUUCUUUUCCACAGUUACUCUGUCAGCCACCCUGAAGCAGUUCAAGACGAGCCGCUAUUUUCCAACUAAGGUUCGAUCCAUAGUGAGUGACUUUGCUGUCUUUCUUACAAUUCUCUGUAUGGUUUUAAUUGACUAUGCCAUUGGGAUCCCAUCUCCAAAACUACAAGUACCAAGUGUUUUCAAGCCUACCAGAGAUGAUCGUGGCUGGUUUGUUACACCUUUAGGUCCAAAUCCAUGGUGGACAGUAAUAGCUGCUAUUAUUCCAGCUCUGCUUUGCACUAUUCUUAUUUUUAUGGACCAACAGAUUACAGCUGUCAUCAUCAACAGAAAGGAGCAUAAACUAAAGAAAGGUUGUGGGUACCAUCUGGAUCUAUUGAUGGUGGCUGUCAUGCUUGGGGUGUGCUCCAUCAUGGGCCUGCCAUGGUUUGUGGCUGCCACUGUCCUGUCCAUCACUCAUGUCAACAGCUUAAAACUGGAAUCAGAAUGUUCAGCUCCAGGAGAACAGCCCAAGUUUCUUGGCAUUCGGGAACAAAGGGUUACUGGGCUUAUGAUUUUUAUUCUUAUGGGUUCAUCAGUCUUUAUGACCAGUAUUCUGAAGUUUAUUCCCAUGCCAGUGCUGUAUGGAGUGUUUCUUUAUAUGGGUGCUUCAUCUCUAAAGGGAAUUCAGUUCUUUGAUAGAAUAAAGCUCUUCUGGAUGCCCGCAAAACAUCAACCAGAUUUUAUAUAUCUAAGGCAUGUACCACUUCGAAAAGUCCAUCUCUUCACAGUGAUUCAGAUGAGUUGCCUUGGCCUUUUGUGGAUAAUAAAAGUUUCAAGAGCUGCUAUUGUCUUUCCCAUGAUGGUGUUAGCUCUGGUAUUUGUAAGAAAACUGAUGGACUUUUUGUUUACGAAACGGGAACUCAGCUGGUUGGAUGAUUUAAUGCCCGAGAGUAAGAAAAAGAAACUAGAAGAUGCUGAAAAAGAAGAAGAACAAAGUAUGCUCGCUAUGGAAGAUGAGGGCACGGUGCAGCUCCCUUUGGAAGGGCACUAUAGAGAUGAUCCAUCUGUGAUCAAUAUUUCUGAUGAAAUGUCAAAGACUGCCUUGUGGAGGAACCUUCUGAUGACUGCCGAUAACUCAAAAGAUAAGGAGUCAAGCUUUCCUUCUAAAAGUGCAAUGCAUACAUGUGACAAGCUCCUCUGUGGUUUAUUGAAUUGGAUUGGCAGAAAUAGGUCUCAUUAAAAACCACAUUGCAUCAGAAUAGGUGAGCAACUGCUAUGUUUUAUAAAACUGACACCCAAGAUUGACAUUUCUUGGGAAGAGAGCUAGCAACAUUGGGAAAAUAGCACUUGGCUUUGCCCUGGUGGCCGAGGCUAGGCUCCGGGGCCACCUUCUCUGCUCUCCUCUGGCUACCCACUCCCACCACCUUCUUAUAUCCUGGAUUCUCCUUCUUUGCUCUGAUUUUCUAGGCCUAUGCCCUCUCAUGACUGCUUGGUUAAUGUUGUUCAUAACGAUUUUGCUGUGAUCGAAACGUAACAGUUUCAUAGAUUGCUGGGCAGCAUGAGGGUAGCAGGUCAUGUUCUGCUCUCUUCUGAAAUAUUAUUUCCUUAUAUUUUAAAUUGUAACUCCUCAAGGGGAGGGGCACUGUCUCAUCUAUCUUGUAUCCCUUCCUCUUUGCAGAGUACCUGGUAUAGAAUAGAUAUGUAAUAUAUGUCUAUUGCAAUAGAUAUCAUAGAUAUGAUACAUAUUUAAUAAAUAGAAGUAAUAUGUUUAUUACAAUGAAAGUUUAGAAUUGAUUGGAAUCCUGAAAAAUGAACGUAACAAGGAAUAAAGAGAGUAAUAGCCAUACGGUAAGAAGAUAGGUUCAAGUCAAUAAUAUUUUUCAUAGAAGUCUUGAGCUGGUUAUAAAAUUUCUGCCUCAUAGUUUGUUGAAAUCUAAUCUGGUACCCAAACCACUGGUUUUAAACGGGGGGAAAAACCCCAGAUCAAUUCAUUGGUUAUAGUUUUGUAACCAAACAACCAAGAUGACCAACGCAGGACGUCGGGAGGAAGCACACCUGUAAAUGAAGUCAACAUUCUGAAUUUCUUCUCACUGCUCAGUGACUCAUAGUGCAGUUGGGAAUGUGCUGGUUUGUAAGAAGGUGACGAGCAGAGCAUCAUGCAGGAGCCGUGCAUGUGCGGAGAGCCCUGUGUGUCUCUGUCCCUGCAGUCUCCUACAGGGGCAGUUUUUUUAUUCUAUCUUCAUUGUGAUUGAGAAUACCAGCCUCAGAAUUCUGGCAUUCGAGCUACAAGAGUAUUUAGAAACCAUAAAGUCCAAAACUAACUUACAGAUGAGGAAACCAAGUCCCAGAGAGAUUAAAUAACGAGUCCAAGGUCCCACAGUACAUCCUUGGCUUCCGGGGAACUGAACAUAACCUUCCAGUUUCCAGUCCAGGCUUCCUCCACUGCCCCCUGCUGCCCUUUUUCACUGGCUCUGUCCGGCGGAAGAGCCAGGGAGACAGGUAAAGCACAGGGAAAAGUUAAUUUGGAAAGUAGGGUAGCAGACACUUGUCAUAGGAAAGGCACUUAAAGUAGAAGAAAGUGAGUCAUGCCUAUAGGGGAGUUAAAAAUACAGAGUUAAGGCUCUCAACACAUCAUGUGCACACUGUCAUCUCUCCUUGUGGAAGGAGAAAAGAAAAGGGAGGAAAGUUGCUUUGCUCUGACCUGUAAGUAGUGUGUGCUGAGAAGUGUGGCAGGCGUACACCCGGGCGCCGUAGACACCCGCUCACACCAGCUCUCAGCGCUGGCGGCGUGCCACGGAUGGCAGAAGCUCCGGCACUUCUUACCUGAUGGUGCCGGGUGGUGGUGACAACUGAGAAGGGCUGUUUCUAGCUUGAAUUGGAGGAAAAACAAUUUUAAAAACACACUCAUAGAAUGUGUCUAAGUUAUUGACCACUAAGAAAGCUGUGCAGGAGGCCGCAUAGGAAAAAAAAAAAAAGGUUUUAACUGUCACUUUAUUACUUUGGGAAGAGUUAUAAAACCGAGGGUUUCCCCACCACCAACUAUUUCAUACAUUUAUAUUAAGGGACAAAGUUACCAAUAAAAAUGGGUGGACUUUUGUGGUUCAGGGCCCCCGGUGACACAGAGGGACGCAGGAGGCCUCAGGUGUGGGGAAAUCUGCCCCGUGCUGGGAGUCGUUAAGGAGUGAGGGCUUCUCCCCUCAGGAAGCAUGUGUUCUUGCUGGGAGCUUCCCGCCUGUGAGCACAUGAUUUGAAUUUUCCAUGAAAACUGUCCACACGAGAGUAGGAAAAGUGUUCAUUGGGAAAAUAUCGAAAAAAAGCAUAGACAAAAAUGGUAGAGUCUUAUUACCAACUUGCCCAUCCAUCAAGUUAAUUGGAGAACAGACAAAACAGAAGUUACUUGGGAAGGAGUUGAUUCCGGAAGGAGUGAGGUGAGGGCCAGGAUGAGAGUUAGUCUGUGCAGGUGUUUGGAGGGUGGUGUGUGGGGGUGAACAUGUCCUCCAGACCAGCGGAGAUGUGUCUGUCCUGCUGACCACAACACAGUGCUCACCAAAGAUCAUGAUCCGGUGUGUGCACAGAGGACGAGCCCCUCGCAGCGAGCCCUGAGAUACCUCCCGGGGCAUCUCGCUGGUGUUCCCAUGGCGUCAGUGCUUUCUGAAGACAGGUGGGGGGGUAGUUGGGGGCAUUUUCAGCAAUCAUAAUUCCUUUGGCCAAACAAGGAUGGUGGUAUCGAUCCUGCAUGCUUUUGGAACUGUUUUAAAAAUGUCUGGUUUUUGCUUUCUAGUUCCUAUUUUUUUAAUGUCCCCCUUUCUGCAGUUCUCGGUUUCUACCUCACUGAGUGCAGAGGAUUUUAAUUGUUGCUAUCUAGCUAUGCUUCGCAGCAUGAAAGAGCAAUGCUAAGGGCCCAUGUGGUGCUUUGGGGUUGAUGGGUUUUGUGUCUGAGCAAGCAGAUCUCACAGUAGCCGUGCAGGAUUGCAGUAAUAAAUUUCUCCCUUU